AAGGCUCUAGGUUAAUUCUUAUUGGUGCGUUGUGAAUGAUUGACAGUCGCAACUUAGUCCCGCCCCCAGAGUCUGACGCAACUUAUGUUUCGCUUGAAGGCUGUGGAGGGCUCGCGUGUAUUCAAGCCAUAGAUGAGUGUGCGUAACUUUGAAAAAACCACACUCACACAACCUUAAUGUUCAUGCAAUACCCUGAGUAUGUUGAUGGCUUGAUCCUUCUAUUAAAACUGUGAUUGGACUUUGGACUUUUGUGCAUUCUUACCGAUGCCCCGUGAUGAUCCCAACUAAGUCAGAACCAAGCAAUACAGUCCAUAAACCUAAUUAACAUUGGUCCUUCGAGCCGGAUCGGUGAUUGCCACAGGUUAAGAUGUCCAAAGCCCAUUCAGAGUCACAGUAUGAGCCUCAAGUCCGUAGUAAACGAUUAUCACGCCCCCCACGCCACUUGGGAGAUUAUGAGGUGGAUUACAGAGGCUUCCAGCAUACAUAUUCACCUACUUCCAGGAUGCAAACAGAGUGCCACAGCCGGGAGUCAGGAAAUGAGGGUGCUGUCGGGAUGACACCCUUCACCAGUUGGCAUGCUACUCACCGCGGUGAUGUUACUGAGGAUACUGGAGAUCAGUAUGAACCACAAGAUGCUCAAACAGUGAUUUGGCAGCUACGAGAAGAGAACAGACGCCUGCAUAAAACCAUUGAGGACCUGCAACACACCUCUGAAAGGGAGGAAACAGACUCAUCACAGUGUCCUGUGCCUUUUCCUCGCACUCACUCAUCGACAAAGGCAGCAAAGAAACCUUCUCCUGUCCCAACUCCACGUCUAAGCAAGGUAGCAGUAGCUCAAAUGAGUGAUCAGAUUUCUAAAGAGACUGGAAAACCAGUUAUGGAUGAUGGAAAGGAAGAGUCAGAAGAUGAGGAGCGAGACUGUGAAAUUAAUUUGUCAGGUGAACUUUCAGAAAUGAAACUGCAGCCCACAUCAAAGAACAGGCAUGUGCGAUAUCAACCAAAUUCACCAAAUCCAUGUACAUUCAAGACCGUCAUUAAGACCUCCUCUGGUACUGACUGUGCUCCCAAAACUGUGUAUAAGGCAGAUUUAACUGAUCUCACUUCCCUCUCCCAAACUCCACCAAAAUGA